AUGACUGAUCCAGCCUUAGGCAUCGCUGAGGCCAUUCAAACGGCCUCCAUCAACCCGGAACCAUCCCCUAGUCAUGACAUCAACCCUCCGACCGCAUCUUCGGAGAAGCCUGUCGUUGAAGAUGCGCCAUCCGAGGCUGGCAGCAUCCCAUCCGACGUCGUGGACCCCCAUCGAAUGAUCAGACCCGCUCCAAGACGGCAUAAUCUUCCUCCAAUGCCUGAUUUGCGCUUCGAACAAAGCUAUCUGGCCAGCAUACGUGGUGCUGAGACUUGGGGUCGUGUUGCAUGGAUCACCGUUCGAGAUCAGGUUCUUCUCCCUCUGAUCCAAGGUACCCUUUGGACCCUCGCUCUCUCCGGUUGGCGAUUCUGGAACCGCAACGCGUCUCUCAGUGGCCAAACAUUGGGCAGCAGAAUUCGACGAUGGUGGUACGAAGUAAAUAACUGGAAGCUCCCUCCCCUCCCGUCAAUGAAGGACCGUAAGCUUGCUGCGCAGGCAGAAGACUUCUAUAAGACUCAGUUCUCAAACGCCGGUAACUGA